ACAUUUCCUGCUUUUAUUUCAGAUAAUUUCAAACUAAGCCGGAUUCUGCAAUGGCGUUAUGGACGGCGAAAAUCGUAUCAUAUUAAACGUUGGAGGAAUCAGAUACGAAACAUAUAAAGCAACGUUGAAGAAAAUCCCAGCUACGAGGUUGUCGCGACUCACCGAGGCGCUCGCCAACUAUGAUCCUAUAUUGAACGAGUAUUUCUUCGAUAGACAUCCAGGGGUCUUUGCUCAAAUACUCAACUAUUAUAGAACUGGUAAGCUACACUACCCAACAAACGUCUGUGGGCCGCUGUUUGAAGAGGAACUGGAGUUUUGGGGUCUAGACUCCAACCAAGUGGAACCUUGUUGUUGGAGUACAUACAGCGUCCAUAGGGAUACCCAGGUAUGCUAUCAUCAUGUUCUCUCCUCAUUAGCAUAUAAACGUCUUUUAAGCUUGGUUGUAAAUUGA